AUGGCGUCUGAGGAACUUAUGAGGACCCCUGAAGCGCUGGGUGAGUGGACCAGAGGUGCACUAUUUUUGGUUUUGUAUAUCACUGCCAGUCAUACAGCAUGCUGGCAAAGUGCAUGUAAAGAACUCAAAGUAAAAGAGUGUGUUUCUUCUACUUUCGAAUGUAAGGGCCAUUCAAGGGCAAAUUGGGCGUUUCUUAAUGAGAUUUGCCCAGUAGAUCCACCCAAUACAACAUUCUUCAACUUGGGAAUAUUUACCGAUGCCAUUAAGAUGGGCAUUGUCGGUCCAAUGAAUUUUCCUAAGAAGUUUUUCUAUUGUUAUUGGUGGGGCCUGCGACAUCUCAGUUCUUUCGGUCAAAACCUGGAAACAACUGACUAUGUCUGGGAAGUCUUCUUUGCUGGUGCAAUCACUGUCGUUGGCCUCAUGCUGUUUACCUAUCUUAUUGGAAAUAUACAGACACAGUUGACCACCAGAAAAAUAGAGAUUAAAAAAUUGGAGGAGAUGCACAACCCGGAGAUGGUAAAAAAGAUGGAGAUGAUAAAACUAAUAGAAGAUGAAGAACUCAAAAUGAUUUUCAGCUAUGGAUUCAGGAAUAUGUUCGGCAACAAAUUGCUUACCAACUUCAAACUAGUUUUAAAGAAACAUAUUCAAGAUGCAAAGGAACAUCACAAACGUAUUGAUUGGAAAAAAGUGUUGGCUUCCUUCAAGGGUGAAGCAGAACAUAGCAUGGACAUUAUAGAAUUAACAUGCAGGAAAUUGGCAGCAUCCAAGAAUGGGAAGGACAUGCUGAAACUAAGUGCAGACUUGUGGAUGCACAAUAAUAACAUCCCCAAGGAUUGGAAGCCUAUUUUCCGGCAAAUUGUAGGAUGGAGAUUGGAAGACAACAAAGAUGUCAAUCUGCAGACUUUGCUUUCUAUUCUUCCCCUAGAUUGUAAAGUGCCUCUCAAGAAGCAUUUGUGCUUAGCUACCAUAAAGAAAUUGCCAAUGCUUAGAAAUAUGAAUGAGCAAGUGCUUCAACAAAUUAUAAAUCAUCUCAAGCCAGCGGUGUACACCGAAAACAGCUACAUUAUCAGGGAGGGAGAACCACUUGAUUUGAUGCUUUUCAUUACGCAAGGCACUGUGUGGAGCUUUCCAGCUAACAAUAAAGAUGGUAGAAAUUACAAAACUUCCACGAGCUUUAUGCUUCUUGAGAAAGGUGAUAUCUAUGGUGAAGAACUUCUACAAUGGACAUGUACGUUUGCCUCCUCUCUCAGCUUCCCCAUUUCACCUUCACAUGUCAAAUCGCGUUCGAAAGUCGAAGCCUUAAUUCUUACAGCCAACGACUUGAUGAAUGUUGUCUCUAAUAACUGGUGGCAUUUCACCAAAAACAAACGCCUUGAUCAUACAAAAAAUUCUAACUUGGAGCGUUUGGAAUCUAUGGCACUUCAAGGUGUACGAAAUAUCUGGAAAAAGUACCAUGCAUCCUUGUUGUCAUCCUCAGAUAUAUAUAUUACAGCCGACUGA